AUGUAUGGAGAUACAAUAUUUGCCAAGGAGAUUUGCCGCAACACUAAUGAUGGCAGCCAACGACCAAUCUAUAAGGAGUUCAUGGGCUUCAAACUAGCAGACUUUAGAGGAAGCACUGACCCAUUAGAGGCUGAAGAAUGGUUGCAAUCCAUGGAGACCAUCUUUACGUUCAUGCAGUGCAGCAACUCAGACCAGGUUAAGUGCGCUUCCUUUAUGUUUAAAGACGAUGCUAGAAUCUGGUGGCAAGGAGCCAAGUCCACCCUCGACCUUGAUGCAGCAACCUGGGAAGAAUUCAAUGCUGUAUUUUAUGGUAAGUACUUCACAUUAAGCACCAGGAAUAAGCUGGCCAGGAAGUUUCUGGAAAUCCGCCUAGGUGAUGCUAGUAUUGCCAAUUAUGUGAAGAAGUUCGAGCGAGGUAAGUAUUUUGCACCAAUGAUAACGGGAAAUGCUGACUUAGAGCUGAACCAUUUCUUGGAGGGGCUGAACGCAACAAUUCGACGUGAUGUCCGCAUAAGCAACGCUUCAUCUUUGCGCGAGACCAUUGAGAAGGCUUUGAUGGCCGAGAAGGACAGCCAGGACAUUGUUAAGGAGGAGCAUGCCAAGAGGAAAAGCUAUCCAAGAAGAGAAUCUCAAGAGUUAGAGACAAAGAAGCCCUUCCAGCCGACCCAUUACCAGAAUCCUCACCCGCAGCAGGCAAGGAAUACUUGGCCAAAUAGAAAUCCACAACACCAGCAACAACAACAAAGUAGGAUGCAGCCCACCAAACCAGCAAACCUUGCUAGCUUGUCCUUCCGCACUUGUAAUCUUUGUAAAAGGAUCAUGUAG